AUGAUUCCGUCACCUAGAGAAGAGAGGGCCUUUGAGCCAGACCUGGCCCCUCGAAAGCCGAAACGAUUUCUAUGUGAGCUUUGUGAUCGACGAUUCGCUCGCUUAGAGCACCUGCAGCGGCAUAAGCGAAUACAUACACAGGAAAAGCCCUUUAAUUGUUCUAAAUGCCAACAACGUUUCUCGAGAAGUGACCUUUUGGUCCGCCAUGAAAGGCUGAGCCAUGCUGUGACAAUCAACGAUCACACGCAUGAUGGAACGCAAAGGGCAAAGCGACCAUGUACACCAAAGAACAUCGAUCAACAAGAGAGCGUAGAUGCAGAGAAUGCAGGCCCAGUGGAUGACGUUUCCGGAGGGAUGACAUUGAAUGAGUUUGAGCUCUCAGCACUGGAUACCACCCCGCAAGAGCUACUCGGUCCCUCUUUUGAAAUAUCCCCUGUUGCUAUACCGAGGGAUGUUGUAACGAUAAUGGAUGUUUCAUGCCCGAAAGUAAAUGACCACGACAACCAAAGGCAACCAAGCUUACCAGGACAGGGCUAUAUGCGUCCAGAUCAAGCGGUUUUCAACAACUCAAUGCAGGACCUUGCAGCAUUAAUGGAUACCAAUAGCCCAUUGCCCGAGGACUUUCUUUCAUUUAUUUCGCUAUCAGAUCUCACCACUUUCAUUCCUCCACAACAGUCACAGGGACAAGAGACCAUUCCUGUGUUACUCAAUCCAGAAUCGGUGCCGCGACAGGACCCAGUGGAGUCUUUUUCACGCCUCGGAUCUCGAAUUCCUUCGUUAGAGCCACAGCAAGAUGUACGGCCAUCUACUGAGCCUGCUCGAUCGAGUAGACUGUUUGGGAGCAUCAGUUCGGAGACAAGGCAGCAUUUCAUUUCGAAAUUGGGAGUUUUUGGCAUGGUCAUUCCAGGACACUUUCAAAUGCCAUCAAAGCUUGCGCUCUCACGAUAUUUUACAGCUUAUCUCAAUGCGUUCCAUGAGCACUUGCCCUUUCUUAACAUUCCUACGCUGGUGAGCGAAACAUGCUGCAUUGAGCUAGUGUUGGCUAUUGCGUCAGUUGGGGCCCAGGCCUGUUUGGAAUCAGAAACUGCAGUCCAACUGUUUGAGACAAGCCACGCUAUUGCAAAGGAACGUUUACAAAGGCUGGAUGAUUCCACGACUCAACCUAGGACAUGUGUUCACAGAAGAGGGUCUACUUGUGCACCAAGUCCGGAACAAUACGAAGCCCGUGUUCCAGUCCCAGAGGCGCCUUUGGAUGACAACCAAAAGGCUCCGGAACAUAGGAUCCAAACUGCACAGGCACUGUUACUCCUAAUGGCUGAGGCGACAUGGUCCAACAAUCGAAGAAUAUCACGACAGGCCCUGGUUAUACAAAGCAUGCUGGCGGGCCUUGCCCGAGAAGAUGGGUUGAAAACUACACUACCGCCACCCGAUAUCAGAUGGGAGCAGUGGGCAAAAUACGAAAGCAUGAAACGAACCAAAUGGAUCGUGUUCUGUUUCUUCAAUCUCCAUACCAUUGUCUAUGAUAUCCCUUCAUUGAUUUUGAGCGCGGAUAUGGAUGCUAUGCAUCUCCCCUGCAAUGCCGAAACCUUUCGAGCGAUAUCCAAGACUACCUGGCUGGAAAGUAAGAAAAAGGAAACUAACGUUUCCUUUAAACGGGCAUUAAGGGGCUUGUUUAAAGAUGAGAGUCGGCGCCAAGAGUUGACACCGAACUCAAGUCUUGGAAACUACGUACUGAUACAUGCCUUGAUACAACAUAUAUAUCUGAUCCGUCAGGUUUCCCACCACCGUGACGAUACCGGUUCGGGCAUACCGGAAGAGGACCUUGCCUCGAUUGAACUAGCAUUGAAAAAUUGGAAGUUAGCCUGGAAGAAAACACCUGAGUCUAGCCUUGAUCCCGCCAAUCUAGCAGGCCCGGUGUCAUUUAACUCAACCGCAUUGCUGCGUCUUGCCUAUAUUCGACUAAAUGCGGAUAUUGGACCUAAUCGGGCUCUCCAUACCCAUGAUCCAGCAAAGAUUGCAAAUGCUUUCCUUCAAUCCAAAACCAUCAUAAGAACACCGGGGCUACUACGGGCGAUCUUACAUGCAGCCCAUGCUUUAAGCAUUCCUAUAAGAAUUGGAGUCCAUAUCGUGGCCCAGACUCAAACAGUUCGAUGGUCUAUCCAGCAUUCCUUGGCGACGCUUGAGUGUGCAUUUUUACUUAGUAAAUGGCUUAUGGCUUUGUCCUCGGCAUUUGCGGACGAGAGUAUCACCGCUGGCGAGUACAGUAUGUUAGGGCUCGUGAAGACGAUAUUGGACGAAACUGACCAUCCUCUGCCUUCAACAAUCGCACUCGAAUCGCCACGUGGGACAAGGACACUAGCGGUUAAUUUGCUACGGGUUUGGGCAAAUUCAUUUCAUGGGCCCACGCACGUUUGGGCCAUUGUGGAUGUGAUUGCAAAAUCUCUGGAGAUGUGUGCAAAUAUGAUAGACUGUGGGUGA